AUGCACGCCGCCGCCUUCUCCAUGAGCGCUGCGCCCGCGCGCAACGUCGCCGCGGGCGCCACGGGCGUCAAGCGCAACGCAAACUUCGGCAAGCUGCAAGCUGGCUACCUGUUCCCAGAGAUCGCCCGGCGCAGGAACGAGCACAUGGAGCAGAACCCCGACGCGAAGAUCAUCUCCCUCGGCAUCGGCGACACCACCGAGCCCAUCCCCGGCCCCAUCGUCGACGGCCUCUCGAACGCCGCGAAGGGCCUCGGCACGCGCGAGGGCUACUCGGGCUACGGCAUCGAGCAGGGCCGCCCCGAGAUCCGCGAGGCGAUCGCGAGCCGCAUCUACGAGGGCAUGCGCAAGCCGACGGAGAUCUUCGUGUCGGACGGCUCGAAGUGCGACAUCGGGCGCCUCCAGAUGAUGUUUGGCCCCGGCCACAAGGCGGCUGUGCAGGACCCUGCGUACCCCGUGUACGUCGACACUUCGGUGAUGUUCGGGAACACGGGGGACUACAACGGCGCGGGCUUCGACGGCAUCGUGUACAUGGACUGCACGCCGGAGAACGACUUCUUCCCGGACCUGGCGGGCGCCGAGGACGCGGACCUCAUCUUCUUCUGCUCGCCGAACAACCCCACGGGCGCGGCCGCCACGCGCGAGCAGCUCACGCGCCUCGUCGACUUCGCCAAGGCCAACGGCAGCAUCAUCAUCUACGACGCCGCCUACGCGCUCUACAUCGACAACCCCGAGUGCCCCAAGUCCAUCUACGAGAUCCCCGGCGCCGAGGAGGUCGCGAUCGAGACGUGCUCCUUCUCCAAGUACGCCGGCUUCACCGGCGUUCGCCUCGGUUGGACCGUCGUGCCGGAGGCGCUCAAGUUCGCCGACGGCACGCCCGUGCAGCAGGACUGGACGCGCGUCAUGACGACGAUGUUCAACGGCGCGUCGAACGUCGUGCAGGCCGGCGGGCUCGCCGCGCUGUCGGACGACGGCUGGGCGGAGGUCCUCAGCAUGGUGGCGUUUUACAAGGAGAACGCCAAACUGCUGCGCCAGGCGUUCCUGGACAUGGGCUUCGAGGUGUACGGCGGGACGGACGCGCCGUACGUCUGGGUGCGGUUCCCCGGCAUGAAGUCGUGGGACACGUUCCAGGACAUUCUGUCGAAGUGCAACAUCGUGGUGACGCCCGGGUCCGGGUUCGGGAACGCCGGGGAGGGCUUCGUGCGCGCGUCCGCGUUCGGGCACCGCGAGAACGUGCUCGAGGCGAUCGACCGGCUCAAGGCGGUGUACUCGAAGACGCCUGCUGCGGCGUAA